GGCCGCGGGCCGGGCAUGGAGCGCUGGGCCGGGGCCGCCGGCGGCUGGGGCUCGCUGUGGGGAGCGGGCUGGGGCCGAUGGCCGUGCUGGGAGCUCCUGGCCGCCUGCGCCGUCAUCGGCGCCGUGGGCUGGCUGCUGCGGCUGCGGGACAGGAGGCCGGGCGGCGGCCGAGCGGCGGCCAUCGCCCCCUGCCCGGCUCCCGCCGCCUCCCCCGCUCCCACCGCCGCCGCGGGGAGCCGGCGCUGCAGCGGGACCCGCCCAGGUGAACUAACAAUGGAUACAAUACUAUCCCGACUGAAGAAGCUUGGCCCGGAUGAGCUUAGAGAAGAGAUUGUGAGAGCAGGACUGAAAUGUGGCCCCAUUACCGCAACUACCAGGUUUAUUUUUGAAAAGAAGUUGGCUCAGGCGUUGUUGGAGCAGCAAGGAGCACUGGAGGAACCAGGAUCUGCUCUGCCAGAGGAGGCUGCUGGAAAUGUCCCGACAGCAAAUCACAACGGCCAUGGAAGUGCUGCUGAGGAGCCAGACUUUGGGUACUGUGUGGGUCUGAACCCUCCAGAAGAAGAUGCUGGGACACACAUGAACUGUUCAGCUGCAGCCUGUGGAGCAGGAAGUGUUGAUUCACAAACCAGUGCUCAGACACCAUCCAGAGAUCCUCCACUGUUCUACGGUGUCUGUCCAGUGUAUGAUGACAUACUGGCCAGGAAUGAGAGAGUACAUGUUUAUGAAGAUAAAAAGGAAGCUCUCCAAGCUGUUAAGAUGAUUAAGGGUUCUCGUUUUAAGGCUUUUACAAACAGAGAAGAUGCUGAGAAAUUUGCUAAAGGAAUCUGUGAUUAUUUCCCAUCUCCAAGCAAGUCCUCCUUAUGUUUGUCACCAGUGAAAAUGGGAUCAUUUAACAGAGAUGGCUUGUGCUCCCCUGAAACUGAAACUGCUAAUAAGGAGAGAGCCAACAGCUAUAAAAGUCCACGGACUCAAGAUCUCACGGCCAAGCUUCGGAAAGCUGUCGAGAAGGGAGACACAGCAACGUUUUCAGAACUUAUUUGGAGUAACCCUCGCUAUCUGAUCGGGUCAGGAGACAAUCCAACGGUUGUACAGGAAGGGUGUAGGUACAAUGUCAUGCAUGUUGCUGCCAAGGAGAAUCAACCUGGGAUCUGCCAGUUGCUGCUGGACACUUUGGAAAAUCCUGAGUUUAUGAGGCUGAUGUACCCCGAUGAUAACGAUGCCAUGCUGAAGAAUCGCAUCCAAUAUAUCGUUGACCUUUACCUUAACACACCAGAUAAAAUGGGAUUUGAUACUCCACUGCAUUUUGCCUGCAAGUUUGGGAAUUUGGAUGUUGUUAACGUGCUUACCUCACACCCAGCUAUUGUGAAAAAUCCAAGAAACAAAUAUGAUCAAACUCCAGCAGAAGUAGUUUGUGAAAGAAGCAAGAAUAAAUCUGCAGAAUUGAAAGAAAAGCUAAGAGAGUACUUGAAAGGCCGAUACUAUGUGCCACUCUUGAGAGCAGAAGACAAUUCCUCAGCUCCUGUCAUUGGAGCGCCCUGGUCACCGGAUCAGACGGAUGAUGGUCCCCAGAGGACUUUAUUUAAAUACCCUGGCAGCCCCAAAGAUCCAGUGUUGUCCAUAAGGGCUUUUGCAGGCCCCAUGAGCCCCUCAAAGGCUGAAGAAUUUCGCAGGCUUUGGAAAACUCCACCUCGAGAGAGAGCUGGCUUCUUUCACAAUGUCAGGAAAUCUGAUCUGGAGAGAGGUGUUGAAAGAGUUGGAAGGGAGUUAGCUCAUGAACUGGGGUUCCCGUGGGUUGAAUACUGGGAAUUUCUGGGCUGUUUUGUUGAUCUGUCUUCCCAGGAGGGGCUGCGAAAAUUAGAAGAGUACCUGAGUCAUCGUGAAAUGAGCACAAAGGCUCAGCAGGAGACAGGGGAAAAUGAAACCUGCAACAGAUAUAAAACACCCCAGCCCUCGGGGAAGAGCAAAAAGUCCUGCAAUUCCAUUUCCGUGGGUGCAUUUUUGGACGAGGAUGAGGAUGACAUGAGCUUAGAGGAAAUCAAGAACAGGCAGAACGCGGCGCGGAACGUCAGCCCUGCGGCGGCCCGGGAGCCCGUGGGCGACAUCGCCGAGCGCGACAUCCUGGCCGUGGGGCGCGCAGCAAACAUCCUCCCCACGGCCCCACAGCACGGCAAGGGGGCUGCCCCCAGCAAAAAUGGGUUCUGCAGCCCCGUGUCCAGUGAGAGGAUCAUCAGUGACAGGAAGCAGCUGCACGAGGAGGAGGAACGUCUCGUGUCGCCCGUCUCCAAUUUGAUGUCGGAGUUCGAAAGCCUGUCCUUCCAGGAGCAGGAGCUUGCAGGAGGAUCUCAUCAAAUCACUGAAAAAACUGAGAACGAGGGGAUUCUGGACAAGGCCUACUGUGCAGUGUCACUGGCAAGUUCUUCUGAGCCAAGUGUUACAGGAAAAUCUGGAGAGGCCAAGUUAAGGACAGAACACAGAAUGCCAUUAGAAAAGGAGAGGCUGUCUAGGCAAUCUGGGAUUCUGACUAAGGAGGCACAACAACGUCAAGAACUUUCUUCCCAGAAGUUUCUCUUGAAGCCUUUACCCACAAAUGACAAUUCUAAGUUAUUCCUGCUUGGGGAGCAGCCCUCGAAGCUGGAUGGGGAUGUCCUGGCAGCUCUGGAAGGAACAGAGAUCGAUGCUCAGAAAUACCCGCUGAUUUCCAGGUGGAAGCUCGCAGUGCAGUCCUACUCCUCUUCUGACAGGCAAAGUUGGCCCAGUCCAGCUCUGAAGGCAAAAUUCCGGUCCCAAACCACCGCUGCUGGCCUUCCAAAUGCUUCAGUGUAUCCCAGUUCAGGAAGAAACAGUCCCAUACCUGGAAGUCCAGGAAAACACGGCAGUGCCACCUCGUUCCCUGCAGAGCCGGGCAGCCCCGGGCGCUACAGCCCGGCCUCUGUGCACCAGGCCCUGCUCAAACUGCGCUACCCGGCAGAGCCCCCUGCCCACUAAACACCAGGCAUGGCCCAGACUGCACCUGUGUCCUCACUCUUUGACUGGGGGGAAAACUACAAUGUUACUGAAGUGACAGGAGGUUUGUACUUGGCUAUUUAUUUUUCCUCAAUUGAGGACACCUGUAUGUUUAAAAAAAUGGAAUAUAUGUCUUAAUGCCAUAUACCAGAUAUAUACUGGUGACAUGCAAGAAGUUCGUGACUGUGCAGUUGUCCAGUAGCUACAAUUUAACCCUUGUUGCCACUAACACGGUGAGCUGAGCCCUCCCUUAGCAAUGGUGGGAUUUGCUAGCACUAGUUAUUGUUAUUGUAAUGAACACAUGGUCCUCAACUGCCUUUCUUUACCUUGGACAGACCAGGAAAAACAUCAUCAGCAAACAGAUCCUUAGGAGAGGAAAGAGAUGGCGGGAAGGGAAAUGUUCUGCUUGCAGUGGGAGCUCUGAGAGCAAAAAGGCCAAAACCUGCCUGGGUAAUGCAAGGACAACUUCCCAGUAGAGAACAGGGCUGUGAACCCCUGUGCAGAACCAAAGUGUUUGUAGCAGCAGCCUGGGCUGGGCAGUUCCUCCCCACACUCCCCCGUCUGUCCCUGUGUCCGUGCACAGAGAACGUGACUCUUUGCUUGUUACCAACCCCGGCAUCGACCCAGUGCUGUAGAAACUGCUGGGAUUCCUUUCCAUGGUUGUGUAAAGAUUAAGGAAAAAAAAAAAAAAACACAUAAAAAUUAGCUGAUUUCCCCCCCCCCC